GGUUUAAAAUCGGUUAUUUUUCUCGUUGGAAUUGUUAUCAAUAAAACAAAUGUAUUCAGAGCAUGCGUCAUGGAUUGGUGUCUUGUCAGGUAGCUAAUUUGAUCAGAUCAUUUGACGAGAAUACCAUAUAAAUGUAGACAGGUAUAUGUAGAUCUUUGGACUUUAGUAAUCCCAAGGAAACCAGUCUAAACAGCUUCCGUUUCAGCAGAUUUUGAGAUGAAGAUCUUGGGCAUAAUUUUUUGCAAUAUACAGAUGGUGCAUAUGUUUCACCUUGGUCAAACAGAGGGGAAACCUUCUCGUCCAUUUUACUCACUUUCUUUGGAGACUGAUCUCCGCACCGAAUUGUUUGAGACGAACCAGUAUUCGCCACUCCAGCGUCCUGUUUUAAGGGUGACAACAAAUGUGUCCUUAACUAUACUCACUGUGAAUGAACUUAACAUCAAAGACCAGUAUCUUUCGAUUUCUGGUUACCUUACAAUAGCAUGGGAAGAUAACCGGCUAUCGUGGAACAAUCCAUCCAAAACGUCACAAGAUUAUACCAAUGUGGUGUACCUCUUCAGCGCGGCAAAAUAUCUAUGGACCCCUACGAUCAUCAUUGAGAAUUCAGUGGAUGAUGUGUCGACCAUGGCUGAUACUAACAUUCCUCUACGAAUUACAAGUGACGGAGCAGUAUACUGGAGCCUCUCAGGGAUCUUUAAGGUGGCAUGCGAGUCUGAUAUUAGGUAUUAUCCCUUAGACUCACAGACAUGCAUCAUAAGAAUCACCACCUGGGGAUAUACACAAGGUGAAAUUCUGUUGCAGCUGGAUGAAGAUAAACCAAUAAACUUCGAUUACUACAAUCAAAAUGGUGAAUGGGAAUUGCAUUCGUCAUCCGCGUACUACGCAAGCAACAGAUACGAAAGAGGAUUGUCUUUUUCUACGUUGUAUUUUCAAAUGACUUUUAAAAGAAAACCAUUAUUCCAUAUAAUAAACACUAUAUUUCCUGUGGUUUUGAUGGCGUUUCUCAUACCCAUGGUGUACAAGCUACCGUCAGAAUCCGGAGAGAAGAUGGGGUACUGUUUAACAGUGCUGCUGGCUUACGCAGUGUAUAUGUCCAUUAUCUCCGAUAACAUCCCAAGUACCUCAAAGAGUGUAUGUUUUUUGUCAAUCUACCUCGGACUGACUUUGGCGUUCAGUACAAUAUCAGUGAACCUCGUCAUCCUAACCCUGUAUGCCUACUUUCAAGGUGAAACGGCUGCUCCUACUUGGAUCCUCACAAUAAUGAGACGGAAAUGCACGUGUGACGGAGAAGAAAACAAAAUUGUGCCAUGCUUAAAUGAAGAAAAUGGCAACAAUAUAGACGGAAAAGUCAUGAAAAUAACCCAAACCCCCGAGGCUAAAACGCUGACAUACCACGAUCUGUCCUUGAUGUUAGACAAAUUCUUUUUCAUGGUGUACAUGAUUGCUAUAACAUUGUCAACACUUAUACUGUUGAUAGUUUUGCUCACAAAUUAUCAUGCUUAAUAACUACAUUUUUGUAGUAAAUAUUGUCAAUGAAUAAACAGAUAGAUUGUCCUUAUAUAUUUUUUCUCAAGACUCUAUCAAUGGAUAUUGCACAAGUGCAUUUAAAUUCAGAUGAAUUAAUGAAAUUAGAGAAAGCAAAUGAUAGCAAUACAGCUUUUAAUAAUGCUAUAUUUAUACCUGUUACACCUAUGAUAUAUUAUAAGGAAUAGCUGUUAACGAGGCAGAGCUAAAGAGCCGACUUGAAAACAUUUUCCGAUCGGGUUCGGUAUUAUUGUACUACUCAUGAAUGUAUAUUAAACUUUCAGAAAAUUAAAAAGUUCUCCAUGAAAUAAAUCAUAUUAUUU